GAAAUGCUGGUCGGACCAAAUAUACAUCAAGACAUCCUAGUUAUUUUAGAUAAAUGCAAGAGUCUUACUGUACUAAAGCAACUUCAAAGCCAUCUCAUAACCAUUGGCCAUGGACAAACACAGCUUUAUGCAUUCAAGCUUGUUCGUUUUUGCACCAUCUCUCUGUCCAACCUUUAUUAUGCUCGCUUAAUCUUCAACUACAUAAAUCUCCCUAAUGUUUACCUUUAUACUGCUAUGAUCACUGCAUACACUUCCGUUCUUGAUCAUAAUUCAUCUAUCUUGUUAUACCGUGGAAUGUUUCGUAAUGGCUGGGUGUCAAAGCCCAACCAUUUUGUGUUCCCUAUUAUUAUGAAGUCUCUCACUGAAACUACAAAGCUUUACGGGGUUGAAAUGGCGCAUAAUAAUAUUGAGAAGAUGGGUUUUGGAAAAUACCCUGUUGUGCAGACAGCUCUUUUGGAUGCUUAUUCGAGGUUUUCGUCCGAUAUUAGAGUUGCCCGCCAACUGUUCGAUGAAAUUACGGAGAGGAAUGUGGUUUCUUGGACCGCGAUGAUAUCGGGAUAUACUAGAGUAGGGCAAAUGGGGGAUGCUAUUUUGCUUUUUGAAGAGGUACCUCGGAAUAUAAGAGACACUCCUUCUUGGAAUUCGAUAAUUGCAGGGUGCACGCAAAACGGGUUGUUUAGUGAGGCGAUAUCGAUGUUAAGAAGAAUGACUGUUGAGGAAGGGAAUAAUAAGCCUAAUGAUGUUACGUUUGCGUGUGUACUUGCUGCUUGUGGGCACACUGGGAUGCUUCAGCUAGGAAAAUGUAUUCAUGGGUACAUGUAUCGAAAUAAUCUGAAUUCGAGUUCUCUUGCUCUAAAUGCUCUCAUUGAUAUGUAUGGAAAAUGUGGUAGCUUGAAAGAAGCAAGAAAUAUUUUCGAUAAGGCUAAUAGGGGUAGUUUGACAUGUUGGAAUUCCAUGAUCAAUUGUUUGGCCCUUCAAGGCCAUUGGGAAGGUGCUGUUGGAGUUUUCAAAGAUAUGUUGCGACAUGGAGAUGAUGUAAAACCUGAUGCAGUGACUUUCAUUGGCUUGUUCAGUGCCUGUACUCAUGGAGGAUUGGUGGAUGAGGGGCUUAGUUAUUACGAUUUGAUGACACAGGUAUACGGAAUUAACCCUGAAAUUGAGCAUUAUGGGUGUUUGAUUGAUCUUCUCGGACGAGCAGGUAGGUUUGUGGAAAUUAUGAAAAUCGUGAGGGAGAUGCACAUAACUCCAGAUGCAGUUAUAUGGGGUUCCUUGCUUAAUGGAUGCAAAAUUCAUGGGCGUAUAGACUUGGCAGAAUAUGCACUGGACAAAUUGAUUAGUAUUGAUCCCAACAAUGGUAGUUAUUACUCUAUGCUGGCUAAUUUAUAUGGGGAGUUGGGCAAGUGGGAUGAGGUUCGAAGGGUAAGGAAGAUCCUAAAUCAGCAGAAUGCUCAUAAACCUCCCGGUUGCAGUUGGAUUGAGCUUGAUAGCCAAGUUCAUCAGUUUUACUCAGUAGACAAAUCUCACCCUAAAAUGGAAGAGAUAUACUCAAUUUUGGAAUGUUUGGUUGAUUCACAUUAGCUUGUAUAUAGCUUCUUGGUGGUUUUUACCUUCCUAAGAGAUUCACAUCCUAUAUUCCUCUUAUAACCAUGAUGUAAUUGGAUUUGGAAAAUUCUUGAACACCAGUUGCUUCUUCGUUAACGGCUUGCGCUGGUAUGCAGUGUCGGCGUAAGUGCUAAACACUCACUAAUUCUAGUGCAUCCAUGGUUAAUCUGGAACUUUAACAAGGAAGAAUUAAAGAAAAUCAUCUUCCAUUUCCUUUUAUUUGUGUGAUUUCUCUUCUGGAGGUGGAUAUAUAUCAGGUCCCCAACAUUCAUGUGUUCUUUGAGUUGUAUUCAUGUUGUGUUUUUUCUUUCUUUUCCGUUUGGACUAUCCGAGGAAAUAUGGUGAAGGAUAGAAAAGGUGAUUAUUGUGGUUGUAUAUAGGCUGGCAUGUAUGCCUCAAUUAUUCAGUUGUGGAGAUUAAUUAUUAAUGAUAGAGCAAUUCA